AUGUAAUAAUAAUAUUAUAUUGUACUCUAGACAUAAAAUGAGUGAUGCGUAUUGUCCCUCGACAGAAUCCGAGGAAGAACGAACAGCGAUACUUUCUCUCUUUCUCUGAGUGAAACUGAAAAGUGGAAACAAAACGUGUGACUGUUGCAUGAAUUGUCCAAGUUAAGAAGAUUGUGAAAUCCUCAGAAAUGGAGAGGUUACCUUUGGAAAUCUGUAUGAAGAUAUUCUAUCUCUUGGACUAUCAGCAUCUUGCUGUUGCUCAACAAGUAUGUAGGAAGUGGAAGCUCGUGGCCUCAGAGAAUGCUCUAUGGUCUGAUCUUUUUAAGGAGAGAUGGGGAGAAGAUCAUGCUGCUUUUUAUGCUCCUGUGGGUUCAAAAUCAUGGAAAGAUGUAUAUGAGGUGCAAGAUCGUUGUGAUCGAAUUGGAGUGGGUUUGAAGAUUAUUAGAGAAGGCAUUGACUACUAUCUUAUUCACCAAGGCGAGAUACAGCGACAUCUUGGUUCAAGAAAGAAUCAUGAAAAGGAAAUUGGUCACUGCUCCAAUACUUUGAAUUCAGAAAGUAACUUCAAUGGAGAAGGUUCUCUAGCUGAAGAGAGAUCAUGUCGUGGAAUUUUAGACAGAAUCCUUUUUUUCAUUGGGGAUUUGGAAGUUGCUUCUGCAGAAGCAAAACGUAGCCGUGUGAUAUGAUCGUGUCUAGUAUUCAAUCCAAUAGUGAAGUUCAGUGUAAAAAUUCCCAGUAUCUAAGCAUUGUUUCAUGUAUAUAACUAUGUGUAUCAAUGUAUUCAGUUAUUUUAAUAAUUUGGGUGCUGUGUAGCAUUUUCAGAUAAGUCGUGAGAAUCACACAAGUGACAAGUGGUUGUUUAUCCUGUUACACAAGUUUGUUUAAACCAUUGUGUAAAUAUGCUUUGUCUAAUCUUAUCAGAUGAUCCUGUUAUCAUUA